AUGGCAGAGACAGACGCAACGAUUGCUCCAGUGGCCGUCAAAAUACCGGAUUUCAUUUCGUCAGAUCCCGAACUUUGGUUUGCUAUGGUCGAAGGUAGUUUCGCCAGCGCGGGAGUCACAGCUGACAGCACGAAAUUCGGGUAUGUGGUUGGAGCAUUACCGCCGAAAUAUGCAGUUGAAGUCAAAGAUAUAAUUAUGACGCCGCCUUCGGACAGUAAGUAUGUCAAAAUUAAAGAUGAAUUAAUAAAACGUCUUAGUGCCUCCCAAGAGGAAAAAACACGUCAACUUCUGGAGCGCGUUGAGAUUGGUGACCGUAAACCGUCACAAUUUUUACGCCACCUCCAAAACCUGGCUGGCUCUUCCGUUCCAGAAACAUUAUUAAAGACACUUUGGAUGGGCCGCCUACCAAAAAGUAUACAAGUGGCCUUAGCAAUAGUUAAAAAUAGUAAGCUUGAAGAACUCGCUGUCCAUGCAGACAACAUCGCGGAUGCAUCUGGUCCUUUGCUACCUCAAAUAGCAGAGACAUCGAGAAGUGACACUCUUGAAGCCAUGUUGAAUCUUAAAAUUUCUCAGCUUACCUUGAGUAUAAAUCAGGAAAUUGCGACGUUGAGAAGUGAAGUGGCAGCGAUCAAUACUCGUCCCUCACGUAAUCCGGACUUAAGAUCAAGUACUUACCGCUCAAGAUCUCGAUCUCGGAGCCGUACUCUCAAUGGUGCAAAUGGAUUAUGCUGGUAUCAUUGGCGUUAUGGAUCGUUAUUGUUAUCGUUAUAA